AAACAAACCCACCAUGAGCGACUCCCUCCCACAUCUCUGCUCACCAUGUGGAUGCUGAAAUGGUUCCUGUUCUUGCCUCUGUGCCUCUCCUGCGGCUAUGCCUUUAUGUUUUCUUCUGUGAGAGAUAAAGUCAGAGAACCCCAGGGGAAGGUGCCUUGCGGAGGGCACUUCCGGAUAAGGCAGAAUCUGCCAGAGCAUGCCCAAGGCUGGCUUGGGAGCAAAUGGCUCUGGCUUUUUUUUGUUAUUGUGAUGUAUAUGAUCCUGAAGCUUCGAGGAGACAGCGAGAAGAGUAAGGAGCAGAACCCUCCCGGCCUUCGAGGCUGUCUAUUUCGCUCUCCACUAAAGAAAAAUCAAAAUGCUCCCCCCUACAAAGACUAUGCGUUCAAUACCCUAACCCAGCUCGAGAUGGACCUUGUGAAAUUUAUGUCCAAGGUGCGGAAUCUGAAAAUCAUCAUGGCAACGAGCAGUAACCUCAAGAUUCAGAACUCAGUGGCGCCUGCAGACCCACAGAAUCAUGUUACAAUAUAUGAAGUAUGGGGCGAAGGAGAGUCCGAAUGAACGGAUUUGUGCAUCAAAAUAGGAAAGAAAAAGUCGAGUGUUGACAAGCCAUGUGCAAACUAAUAAAACUAGUCUGAAGAAAAGAAUUCUCAAAUUUGAGACAUUUUGCCUUUCUUUCUCUUUUUUUAAACUUGAAAAAAUAAAUGUGAGACCA